GUAAAAUCCACAUUGGAUUGAACAGCAUCAUGGCCAAAGGGAACAAGCGCGGCGGUGGCCCAAAGAAGGACCAGUUGGCGGUGGUCGGACGCAGUGUGUCGUCGCUGGUCAAUGCUGAAGAUGCCACGGAAGUGGAAAUCCUCAACACGCCCGUGAUGUCGGCGCGCCCGGACGCGGACCACGACGACGACGACGACGACGAUGAAGAUGAGGACGACGAAGAAGACGAGAUCGAGCGCCGCUUGGUCGCGGAAAUGCAGGCGGAAAAGACCAAGGUCACGUCGACCGCGAUCUACAACAAAGACGCGAUGGUCAAGCUGGCCAAGGAAUUGGACCUGAGUGCCAAGUUCAAGUGGGUGGAAACGCUUGACACGUCGUCGCACGUGCUGGAGCUCGAGAACGCGCACGACGACUUGAAGCGCGAAGUGGCCUUCUACAACCAGACGCUGGCGUCGGUGAAAGAUGCCAAGGACCGCUUGCUUAAGGAGAAGAUUCCGUACAAGCGUCCGGAAGACUACUUUGCCGAGAUGCUCAAGAGCGACGCGCACAUGGCCCGCGUAAAGGACAAACUGAUCUUUGAGCAAAAGAAGAUGAACGCCGUGGAGGAGCGCAAGAAGUCUCAGGCACACAAGAAGGUGGCCAAGGAGUUGCAGUCUCAAAAGGUCAAGGAGCGUCUGAAGGAGAAGAACGACACGCUGGACGCGGUCAAGCAGUGGAAGAAGCGAAAAAACACCAACGCUGCGUCCGCCGUGGGCGGCGUCGAUGACGACGAGAGCUUUGAACAGAUGCUGGAAGGCGCGGGAAGCAGCAGCAAGCGCCCCCGAGGCAACGACGACAAGAAGGCGGGCGACCGCAACAACCGCGACAAGAAAAACUUCAAACGCGAAGCGCACAACAAAAAGUUUGGCUCGGGCGGCAAGACCAAACUCAGCCACAAGAAGAACGACAAGAAGAGCACCAACGACUUUUCGUCGUUUAGCCGCGGCCGCAACAACGAGGGCGUGGGUAAGCGAGGCAAAGGCGGCAAGCCCCCCGCCGCCAAAUCGCGACCGGGCAAGGUCUCGCGCGGCAAGUCGGUGCAAAAGCGAGGCCGAAAGUAAAUAUAAAUUUAACCGUGUGGACAUCAAGUAGAUUUAGUUUUACUGGUGCCACACUGACUCGCCCG